AUGGCCGUAGUCGAUGGAUCUUCGCUAAACCCAGUAGCCCAGAGGCUGGACUAUCUUCUGCGAAGGGCGCGAGUGGUUAAGCAGAGUACUAAUAUUGAUCCGCCCCUGCAGGUCUCCGAGCUAGUCCCCGAAAACGAGUCCUUACUAGGAGACAUAGAAGGCGAGAAAGAAGUGCGGGGACUAGCAAUUGAGAGUGCAGCGAAAAGCGUUUUUUACAUAAAUUUGGUGGGUAAUUUUCCGCGUUCAGGUCAAGUACCUUUCUCACAAGCUCAGGGAUCCACUCGAAUUGAUGAGCCAAGCUUUGUUACCGUGUGGAACUUGCUCGACAUUCUGCAAUACUGUGGAGAUCGAGACUUAUGUUCUCCGCAGUUGGUUCUGCUACUCAUCGAAGAGCUUCUAGACAGCCAGUCUAUAUCCGGCUGUCGGACAGUCUUCAACUUCCUUGAGUCGCGCAGAGAAGCGAUCAUUGCUAUUAACUCCAAGAACAAAGACCUCGUCAUCCUCCGUUUGUGUAAUGAGUUGCUCCGACGAUUAUCUCGAGCCGAGGCUCCGGUAUUCUGUGGUCGUGUAUACAUCUUCAUGUUUCAGAGUUUUCCUUUGGGGGAUAAAAGCUCUGUGAACCUCCGUGGCAACUUUCAUGUGGAGAACGUAACGACUUUCGAGGAUUUCCUCAAAGAGUCAAAUGAAGUGGACGAUCUAAUGGAAGUGGACCAUGACAAGACUGUGCCUACUGCUACCGGAGAGUCAGCGUCAGAACACGAAGUACUUUCUUCAGAGACAACGAAGAGUACAGAUGCCAAAUCAACUCUGGAUUUUGAUGCUUUGUACCCGGUAUUCUGGUCACUACAACACUCAUUCUCGAACCCACCAAGGCUCUUCGAAGAGGAUAACUUCAAGCAAUUCCGCACGAGCUUGGAUGCUACUCUAGCAAAGUUCAAGGAAGUACCAAAGGUCAUACAAUCUGGAGACUCGGAGCGCAAGAAGGGACAAAAGCUCCAUUUAGACGACGAUCAAGAUGCACUCACAAGCACUUUUAACCCAAAGUACCUUACAAGCCGCGAUCUUUUCAAGCUCGAGCUGAGCGAUCUCGCAUUCCAGCGUCACAUCCUAGUUCAAGCACUGAUCCUCAUCGAUUUCCUUCUGACGCUAACAGAGGACGCAAAGAAGCAGCCAUUCUACCAGAAUGCCCAGAAGGCUAUGCAGUAUAACUUCACACUUCGCGAAGACGACACUAAAUGGGCAUUGGGCAUCAAGAGCGCCAUCGCAAAUUACCUGCAGGAAGACCCAGAUGGCAAAUUCUACUAUCGAAUGGUGGAUACCGUGCUCUCCCGUGACAAAAACUGGGUACGGUGGAAAAUGGAGAAUUGUCAGCCGUUUACUCGCGAUAGAGUGGCGGCAAAAGACUUCCUCCAGGCGAAGUCGGGGGCUCAGAGAGCUGUCGUGAGCAAGAAGGCCCCCAAAUCCCUUGGUGUUCCUCAUACUUUGGAUUUUCUUAACAACACUGAGGCGGAAAAGGGGCUUUCGCAACUAAGGCAGCGUGACAGAUUCAAUGUACCAAACGCAGAGUCAUAUGCAGAUCGAGUCCGUAUGACUGAUCAGAAUCUGGGCAUGGCUGAUACAGAGGAGGAGAAGCGGCAGGUGGCUGAAAAGAAUUCAAGUCACGUUUGGCGAGGCCUUCGUUUGGCUUCAAAGAAGCAGCUAAGCACAUUCGAUAGAAUUGAGCAUGGCAAAGGGCUGGAGGCUCUUCAGCCGGUUACUGCUGCCAAUGAGGCUACAGGCGAAAAUACCCUGCCCACUUCUCCGGAUGAACAGGGGGAAGAUCCACACCAAGAACAAAAAAAGAAGGACGAGGAGCUGCGGGCCGACCAACAAGAUCAAGUGACUACUGCCGAUAUAGCGGCAUAUAUGGGGAGGCUGUGGCGCUUACUAUCGAAUCUUCCAGUACGAAUUGAGGAAGCAGCAAGGGUGGAUUUCUCCCCCGAACGAUCCGCGGCGACAGUAUCUCCAGCUCUGUCCAGUUCAAGCAAGAGUCCUAGCCAAACGCCACGCAUAAUCCCGGCCUCCUACGCCACGACUGGCGUUGUAGUGUAA